AUGCUGCUGCUGCUGAUGAUGAUGAUGAUGUGGAUGCUGUUGUUGUUGUUGCUGUUGUUGUUGAAAGAAUGGUACUGGGGGAGUCUGAACUUCGAAGAGGCAGAGGUGAAACUUUCAAAGUCUCCGGACGGUUGGUUCUUGGUCAGGGACAGUUCUGAUGAGAGGUACAUCCUAAGUGUCUCCUUCAGAUCGGAGGGAAGGACCCAUCAUACCCGCAUUGAACAUCAUAGUGGCGUCUUCAGUUUUUACACACAGCGCAUGAAAUCUGGCUCGACCACAAGUGAGAACGCAGGCGCCACACUCUCGCAAUCGUCGGCUGUGGCUGUCGUCGGCCACGGCGCUUCCACUUCCAUCGUUGAAUUCAUCGAGGAUGCUGUCCGUAGGUCGAAAUUAGGCGAGUGCUUGUACUACCUGCCAGGAAGUAUCAGCUCAGAGACUCCGCCCACCCCGGUCAAACUGCUCUACCCGCUGUCCAGAUUUGCGGAUGUGUCUAAGGAAUGA